AUAUAGUCGAACAGGGAGCUAGCUAGACUUGGCACAGCACAUCAUCAUCAGUAGCACAGCACAAAUACAGGAGCGGCCCGGCUAUGGCAAUGGCUUGUGCAGCACUAGUGCCGUUGCUACUGUUGCUUCUUGUUGUGCUCUCUGGCUCUACAUCUCUCGCUGACCACAGUGCAGGUGUAGAUGAGGUCAACUACAUCGUGGUGCUAACCAGCAGCUGGCUCAAGCCAAAUUCCGUCUGCUCCAGCCUGAUGAGCCCACACCCCAACGUGACCAACUGGGUCCCGUUGAGCCGACCGUACGGGCCGUGCAGCUCCUCGCCGGCGAAGGGUAGGGCGGCGCCGUCCACCGUCGACGGCAUGCUCUGGUCGGACCAGCACCGCGCCGACUACAUACAGUGGAGGCUCUCCGGCUCGGUCGCCGGCGUGCUGCAGCCGGCCGACGACGUGCCGGUGUCAACUAACUACGAACAGCAGUCCAUAGAAGGAGAUCUUAACUAUGGCACGUACUACCCUGCACCUGCACCAAUGUCAUCAAAGGCGAUGAAUCCGGCCGCCACCGGCGGCGGCGGCGGCGGGCCGGGAGUGACCCAGACGAUGGUGCUGGACACGGCGAGCGACGUGACAUGGGUGCAGUGCUCGCCGUGCCCCACGCCGCCGUGCUACCCGCAAAAGGACGUCCUCUACGACCCCACCAAGUCGUCGUCGUCCGGCGUCUUCUCCUGCAACUCGCCGACGUGCACCCAGCUCGGCCCCUACGCCAAUGGCUGCACCAACAAUAACCAGUGCCAGUACCGCGUCCGGUACCCCGACGGCACGUCGACGGCGGGCACCUACAUCUCCGACCUGCUGACCAUCACCCCCGCCACCGCAGUCAGGAGCUUCCAGUUCGGCUGCAGCCACGGCGUGCAGGGCAGCUUCAGCUUCGGCAGCAGCGCCGCCGGGAUCAUGGCACUCGGCGGCGGGCCGGAGUCACUGGUGUCGCAGACGGCGGCGACCUACGGCCGCGUCUUCUCCCACUGCUUCCCGCCGCCGACGCGCCGGGGAUUCUUCACCCUCGGCGUGCCGAGGGUGGCCGCCUGGAGGUACGUGCUGACGCCGAUGCUCAAGAACCCGGCCAUCCCGCCCACGUUCUACAUGGUGCGCCUCGAGGCCAUCGCCGUCGCCGGGCAGCGGAUCGCCGUGCCGCCCACCGUGUUCGCCGCCGGCGCCGCGCUCGACUCCCGCACCGCCAUCACCAGGCUGCCGCCGACGGCGUACCAGGCGCUGAGGCAGGCGUUCAGGGACCGGAUGGCGAUGUACCAGCCGGCGCCGCCCAAGGGCCCGCUCGACACCUGCUACGACAUGGCCGGCGUCCGCAGCUUCGCGCUGCCGAGGAUCACGCUUGUGUUCGACAAGAACGCCGCCGUCGAGCUCGAUCCGUCGGGCGUCCUCUUCCAGGGCUGCCUCGCCUUCACCGCCGGCCCCAACGACCAGGUCCCCGGGAUCAUCGGCAACAUCCAGCUUCAGACGCUCGAGGUGCUCUACAACAUCCCCGCCGCCCUCGUCGGAUUCCGCCAUGCCGCCUGCUGAGUCCGGCCGCCGCCCCCGACGUCUCGAUCGGGACUCUACUACUACAGGCCGGAGCUGCUCUUGCUCCGGUGAUACCUUUUAAUUUUCAUAAAGCUCGAGCGCUCGCGUCUUUAAUUUGAUUCCUCCUAUUUAUUUUUGCGUAUGCGUACACGUGCUACAAGAUCAGCUGGCUGGCGUCAUGUAUGAGCCAGAUUAGCGGUUGCUUUGAUAUGUACUCUUCCAUCCAUGUGGGUAUAUAUAUAUAUAUAUAUAUAUAUAUAUAUAUAUAUAUAUAUAUAUGCACGAAGAAAUAAAACUUAAUUUGUUUGCCUA